AAUAAAGACCAAACCUCUUGACACGAAGCAUUUUCACAAAUGGCUGCUACCAGGUACCGUCGGUUCCUGAAGUUGUGCGAGGAUUGGCCCCGGGAUGUGUCCAAGACAGGACCUGAUUUGGGUAUGUUUCUACGGCAGCGGGUAGCAGCGGCGUUCCGCGAAGGCGAAAACACACAGGUCUCCGAUCCAGAGAAAUGUGACCAGAUGUAUGAAAGUUUGGCCCGUAUUAACAGCAAUGUGUACAGACAACGAUUUCCUCGUGUAAGAGACACAAGCUUUACUGGAGUUACAGUGGAAGAAUGUAAAAUACUUUUCUCAGGCAGUGGCCAGCAGAUGGAUGAAGAAAAAAAGGGUUUGUGGAAGACGUUAAUGAAACGGUUCUCCUCCAAGUCACCAGAUGAUGAUCCAGAGAAGCCUCCUGAAAAAUAAAUACCCCCCCCCCCCCC